AUGAUUUGCCUUUGUCUAAUACUUUUAAGCUUCUUUUCGUCAGUCAACAAUGAACCACCUAUGUUAUUUUCAACAAAAACUAAUUAUGAUAAUAUCAAGGGUAACGCCAAAUUAGACUUAUCCAAACAAAAAUGUGAACCCGUUGCAAUAUGGUAUUUGAGUCGUCAUGCCUAUCGUUAUCCAAAAAAGAAAGAAAUGGAAAAAAUUCGAGAGGCAUUAGACGCAUUAAAGUUGAAUUUGGUUAAUAGUCCAAAAUUGACUGGUGAUGAUAAACAACAAUUUAAACAAUGGCAAAUGAAAUUUGAUCCAAAUAAACAUGAUCAUAUUUUAGCUGAUAUUGGUAAACGUCAAGCGAGACAGAUUGGUCAAUAUUUCUAUACUGGUUUACGCUCGAUUACACAUUUACCGUAUAAAAUAGUUUCAACAAAUUUACAACGUACAAAAGAGACGGCAAAGCAAUUUAUUCAAGGUUUUCUAGAUCGACCACAAAUGUCUGAUAUCAGCAUUAUUGCAAUACCAUUAAAUAAUAGCCUGUUGCAGUAUACUGAAAAUUGUCCAAAAUACAAAAUAGAUGUUGAAGAUAAUGAUAAAGCAUGUUCAAAUGCUAAAAAGUUUUUGAAAGAUAAUAUAGAAUUUGAACAAGAGUUACAACAUGUGAGAAAUCGAUUUGGUUUAACAAAAGAUCAAUUGGAUGCAAAAAUGUUGGAACAAAUCACCAAAGCAUGUGCCUAUGAAACAAGUAUCGAUGAACAAACAUCACCCUGGUGUAAAUUAUUAACAGGAAAAUUAAAUGAAUUUAAAGAAUAUGAAGGUGAUUUAAAACAUAACUGUCGAUAUGGUUAUAAAUAUCCGAUUAAUUACGAACAAACGUGUAGUUUAAUGAAACAAUUUCAUUCUGAUUUAUCAACAAUGUUGAAAAAACCUCAAAAUAAUUUUUAUUUUGGUCAUGCUAAUACUGUAACAACAUUUGUUACAAAACUUGGUUUAUAUAAAGAUCCUUAUUCAUUGGAAGCGAAACAUUUUCGCCAAAAAAACCAAUGGAAAAUAAGUUUAAUAUCACCAAUGAAUACAAACAUAGCAUUUAUUUUAUAUAAAAACUGUCGAGGAUCAGACAAUAGGUACUCGAUGCAAGUAAUACAUAAUCAACAUCUUGUUAUACCAGAUGGAUGUCAAGGAAAACCAUUAUGUAAUGUACACGAGUUUCUUAAGCAUUAUUCAUCAUUUGUCAAAACAUGUAAUUUCAAACAAAUAUGUGACACAACGGAUGGUAGUAAUGAAAAUUUACAACAUUUAUUUCAGUAG